UUGUAAAUGCACCGGAAGGCAGCAUAGGUCCACAGUGGCGCUGUGAUAUUGAGAGGUCAUAACUACAUUUUGGAAAAAGAAAGCCAAGCAGAAAGCCAGGAUGUCUGAAGAGCUGUCCCUCAACAUAAACAUCAAGGAGCCAAGAUGGGACCAAGGCACAUUUAUGGGGCGCGCCAAGCACUUCUUCAUGGUCACAGAUCCCAGGAACGUCCUGCUGUCCUCUGAGACUUUGGAGGAGGCCAGAGUGAUCAUGGAGGACUACAGAGCCGGGAUCGCGAAGCCUGGUUUGACGGAGGAUGAGCUCUGGAGAGCCAAGUACAUCUACGACUCCGCCUUCCACCCUGACACGGGAGAGAAGAUGGUUGUGAUUGGCCGGAUGUCCGCUCAGGUGCCGAUGAACAUGUCCAUCACAGGCUCCAUGCUCACCUUCUACAGGACUACUCCGGCUGUGGUGUUCUGGCAGUGGGUUAACCAGUCCUUCAACGCCGUCGUCAACUACACCAACCGCAGUGGAGAUGCCGCCAUGACCGUGAAUCAACUUGGUGCAGCCUACAUCAGUGCUACUACCGGAGCUGUGGUCACUGCCCUGGGUUUCAAGUCUCUAGCUACGCGUCUCCCCCCCAUCGCGAGCCGGUUCGUCCCCUUCGCUGCUGUCGCUGCUGCUAACUGUAUCAACAUUCCCUUCAUGAGACAGAGGGAGUUGAAGUACGGUAUCCCUGUGAUGGAUGAGAAUGGAAACAGGUUAGGAGAGUCUGCCAAUGCUGCCAAGCAGGCCAUUAUGCAGGUGGUGGUGUCGAGGAUCGGCAUGGCAGUGCCAGCAAUGGCCAUUCCCCCUGUUAUAAUGAAUGCCCUGGAGAAGAGGGCUUUCAUGAAGCGAUUCCCAAUUCUAAACGCUCCGGUCCAGGUGGGGCUCGUCGGUUUGUGCCUGGUGUUUGCAACUCCUUUGUGCUGCGCCCUCUUCCCACAGAAAAGCUCUAUGAGUGUGAGCGGGCUGGAAGCAGAUCUGCAGGAGAGGAUACGACAGACCAGUCCCAACACCAACACCGUCUACUUCAACAAGGGCCUGUAGGACCAGCCAACACAUCAACACGCACACGCACGCAUAUACACGUCUGUUGUCCUGAGGGCACAAGUGGGAGGGCAAAACUGAAUUUAUUUAUGUUUUUCGUUGUUGUGUUGCUGCAUUUGUUUUUUGAAUUUAACUGCGUGGAGCUGCUCCAAAUGUAACAGUAGAAGGUUAGGGUGUUGAUUGUUGAAGGAAGAUCACUGACAGUUCUCUCUGUACCUAGAUGACACUCCUUAGAAAAGUAAAGCUGACCCAUGUUUUUUAGUGUUUUUUUGUGUCGAGGUGAAAGCUAUUAAUGAAGUUACUGACUUGUGUGUCACUCACCAAUAUUUCAUAUUGCAUUCAGGUUAGGGUGUGUAUGUAAUUGCUUCUGAUUGUCACUUAUUUUCCUUGUGCCCCCCUCAUUUCAUUUAGAUUUCCUCUUUCCAAUUCCUGGCUAGUCAGCUUUGCAUAUUCUAUUUUUGAGCUUUUACACACUGAGUUAAGUGUGUUGAAAUGAUUGCCACCAAUUAAGUUCCUCCUUGUAGUUCCACCAUGUAGUUUUACUGGAAAUACCAAUCCUUUGUUGUACUGUUUGUGAACCAGUGCAGCUUUCUUUCUCUCUUCAACUCUCCUGAAGUGUACUUAUUUCCCUCCAUAUUCAUAGAACAAGUAAUUAGGUUCUUGGUACAAUGUGGCAAAGAAAAUAGAAAUGAUACUCCAAAAGCUCAAAAAGCACAGCCAUAAAGUGAAUCAGUGAACAGAGUGUGCUUUUUAUCAACAUAAAUAUGUACUGUUGCCAUGGCAGUGUCAGUCUGUUUUUCAAGGCCUUUUAUCAUUUGAGAUCACUUUAGGAACUAGUGCAGCCGCUAUCUUUAUUGACAUAUUAAUGAAAUAUUAGAUUGUUGUAGUUGCUUGUUUGGUGCUUGUUUGGUGGUUGUCAGGUGGAGGAAUAUAGUUGGUAGUGUCUGUUGUUAGUGAGACGAAAUUAUCUGAAUUUUGCAAUUUGUGUGUUUUAAAUUCAGUCGUGUGCAGAAGACGGGCAGCAAUGUAUCUCCGUUGUGAAAACUUUGUUUCUCAGAUUGUGUUGGUUCAAAUGUCCACACUCGAACUGAAGGAUUGCUUUAGCACAAUGAAAGAAGUCAAAGCUGUCUAAUUUCACUUCCUUAAAGUCGGACAUGCAGGGUUUCUAUGUGCAGCAGCAAGCUAGCCAUCUGCAAAACUGCCUUUACCACUGCAGCCGUUGAUGUCCCAUUGUACCAAAUGAAAGUGGCUAAUGUUGCGUGACAAAGUCAAAAUACUAAAUGUUUAUCUCUAGGUGCAGCAGUUGGUGUCUGCCCAGUCUUUGUUGUGGCUUUGUAAAAGUGGUCAGUUUGGCUGAGUUUGAGCUUCGUUGAUGAAAUAAAUUCAUUCACAUUGUCGCCCGAACACAUGACGUGUGGUUAGAUAGUGAUGAUUGUGUAAGUGAAGAAAUAUCAGCAGAAUUUAUCCCUUGGUUGUCUGUCUGGAUUAUGCAACAAUAAGUAUAUAUUUUUCUUGGAUAUAUUUAUAAAUAUACAUAUAUAUAUGAUAUACAAUAUUUUAUUGAACACAAAUGCAUGAGAAGUUUGAGGGGAUUUUAAAUUCAAGGUGUGCCUCUGUUAGUGAAUCCACCAGAUAGCCCCAUAUAUGCAUCGGAAGACAAUGUCGGCCGCUCGUUCUACCAGAGCACAGAGUUUGCUGCUAAUGAGCAGGUGCACCCCCAGGGCUAAUGAGUUCUCAGAUUAGAGGAGCGGUCUUCCAGUGGGAUUUAACUUGACACAGUGGACACAGUCACAGAUUACCAACUAUGUUUCAAUGUUUGUGUAAAGUGAUGUUUUCUGUUUGUUAGACAAAGAAAAGUACACCUAACAGUGAGACUGUUCAAGCAUCUGAAGUCACUUGAGUUCAUGUUUGUAAAAUUUGAAGUUGAACAUUUAUUAAAAGUAUACUGAUUGUGGGGGUUACGGGACUGUAGCAACAGCACAAUUAUCAACUUCUUAACAGAAAUUGACUCUGAUUAUGUUUAUAUAUGAUCCUGAAAUUGAAGGGUUUAAUUACAAACAGCUAUCCAGAACAUUUUGUUAACAGAUACAACCCUAUCCUCAAAUACCGUCUUGAUACGACUCCUCACUUCUGUAUGAGAAUAUGGAUGUCUUUGUAUUAUUUUUAAAUGAUGGAUAUUUCAUUUUGGAAUGAAACUCUUCUUCAAGUUUAACUUUCCACCAUCAUUCAUAUUUUCAUUUCAACACUUAACCCAGAGACAAUCGCUACUGUUAGAGUCCCUUGCCCCCUUCUGUAACACUGAGACAUGAUCACAUGCACUGCAGGACGGUGUUUCAGAGUUAGCAUCACUAAUGUAUUCCAAUAUUUGACAUAAGCCACGGCUGCAUCAUUAGCACAUAGUUAUCGCGUUGCGUUUGGGGUGUUUUCCUGCGGAGGAUGAAACUGCACUAUAUAACCCUUGCUGUGCUGCUGUAGGAACUAGAUGUUUUUGUGUUGCUAUUUAAAGGGAGCUCCUGAAGAUUGUGUAUAUUGACGAUUGUAUUUGUUUAUGGUGCUGGAUGAUGUUGACUGAAUUUAUAUCUAAUCUAUUCAAAAAUGUCAUUGCUCAUAACAACGUUGCUUUAGCUUUAGCUUAUGCUUUUUUUCCUUUUUGUUUUUCUGCUCUUGGAAUUAUGCCGCACAAGUAUCAAGAACAAAACUGGAGGUUUUUCGUCAGCAAUUAAGUACAUUUGUAAACGUGUAUCUCAGAUUGUGACUUUGCUGCAACCCUCUAACAUGUUGCACGAAACGAUCCAGCCAAAGAUGAGACGGGUAUGAGAAGAAGUGUGUAGCUUUUAAAGUUUUUGUUCCAGCUUUAACAUGUGGACCUUUUUCCAGGCUUUUGUCAUGCAAAAACAUGUUGUUGUUAAUUAUGUUUGUUUACAGAAAAGGUCCCCAACUUGGUCUCUGUUACUCAUCAGCACACCAAAAACAUAGCAAAGCAACAUCUUUAACACACAGUUAAAAGAUUGGAAAUAUGAAUAAAAUACCAACAGUUUAGUUUAGUUGAAGAUCAUAUGAAAAGACAAUCCAUUAUGUUUAACACUCCAUGAACGUUUUUGUUCUCAUGUACAUAAAACUUACACAAAGAUCUGUCAGUGUUGGUGCACAGUGUGUUCUCCCUCUAUUUUGUAUUGUGUUGAAAUAUAUUUCCUUGAUGUGGAAUGUAUUUUACUCUGAGCAAUAGAAUAAAAUAUGUAACGUUUAAG